AUGAACUCGCUGUACACGCUCGCGACCAGGCAGACGGCCUCUAUCUCGUCUGAUCUGUCGAGAUGGGAAGCAGGCAUGCUGAGCGAGGGCGAGCGCAAAGCACUCAUUGGACAAGUGACUGCCAGCUUGGCAGGUCUCUCGCGGACGGUCGACGACUACGAGAACAUGUCGAGGCGAGAGCUCGUCCAGGAGAAGCAAGACAAAGCUCUGUUGCACGUUUGUUGCUUGCCACGUCGAUCAAGUCUGAUGGUGAUCAACAGGAGGGUGGAGAAGUUCAAGAGCGAGUACGCAGAGCUCAACAAGAAGUUCCAAGACCUCAAAGCUGCGCCCGAAUCGAACGCAACGAGCAAUGCCUUUUCGUCUGGCGCGGCACAUCGCAGAUCAUCCGUCAGUGGACGCAACGGCGCUUCCUCAGGACUGGCGGAGUCACCUUUUGCUUCAUCUGCUUCAUCUCGCUACCAGUCAGGAGCGCAAUCUCGUCGGGAGGCCCUUCUGGGCCAUCAGCCUCAACCGAGCACGCGUAGAAUCGGCGCUGCGUUGGACGAGAAUAGCUUUUACAACAAUGCAGGCAGCGCCCUGGACGACUACAUAGCUCAAGGACAGGCCAUCCUUGGCAAUCUUGGCAACCAGCGCGACAUGAUGAAAGGCACGCAAAGACGAUUACUGAGCGCGGCCAACACCCUUGGCCUGUCUCGUUCAACCAUCAGUUUCAUCGAGCGACGAGGCAAGAGCGACUCCUUCAUCCUCGCGAUCGGAGCCGUCUUUGUCUUUGUCUCGUUCUACUUCAUCCUUCGCUGGUUUGGAUGA